AUGGCUUCCGCUCGUUACCUCUUUACGCGCGACAUCGACUCGUCGCUGAGUCCGCUUAUGGUCCAUCUUCUAAUCGCUCUCCUUGUGCUGGUCAUCAUCGCACUUACUGCAACCGCCAUCCUCUAUGUCCUCAAAGCGGUCCGCAGAUCGAGAAAGGAUGCCGAGCUUCCCAUGUACAACGAAAAGCCUGUCUCGAAGACCUCGAAUCAUCGCCGCUUGACCAUCACCGCUACGCCGUAUGGCCGCCGUCCAGGCUCUGUCCUAGUAUACCAGGAGAAGCAAAGCCUCAUCGCAAACUCUUCCAGCCCUCCACCCAGCCCGGUUCCCGAAAUCCGCAUCACGUUCCCCGACGAAAUCGAUGAGUCUGGGAAGAAGCAGUCCGGGAGGGUCGUUGUCGUUCGUGUGGGAGAGCAAAGCGUGGGGUUGGAGCCGCUGCCGGAGGACUUGCCGCCGUAUCAGCGGACCUCGUCUGAUCGUUUCCAAUCACUGGAUCUCGAACGCAUUGGCGGUCUGAAGGAGAAGCUAUAA